GCGGCGUGGGGCGGGCGGGCGGACGGACGCCGGCCUCGGGUUGCCUUCGUCGGCCCCCGAGCUCGCCCGGAGCGAGCAGCCGCCCGCCAGCCGCCGCGGAGCCUCCUCGCCCGCUCCCGCCGGCGAGCAAGAUGAUGUGUGAGGUGAUGCCAACCAUCAGUGAAGCCGACGGCUCCCCAGGAGGAAGUGGGAGCCAUGCAUCCGGCUCCCCUUCACAGGCAGACGCAGAUUCACAUUUUGAACAGUUGAUGGUCUCCAUGCUAGAAGAAAGGGACCGACUUCUUGACACUCUUAGAGAGACUCAAGAAACGCUGGCAUUAACCCAGGGGAAAUUACACGAAGUUGGUCAUGAAAGAGAUUCCUUGCAGAGACAGCUCAAUACUGCACUUCCACAGGAGUUUGCUGCACUUACGAAGGAACUGAACGUAUGCAGGGAACAGCUUCUUGAAAGGGAAGAAGAAAUUGCUGAACUGAAAGCAGAAAGGAACAACACCAGGCUGCUUUUAGAACAUUUGGAAUGCCUUGUCUCUAGGCACGAGAGGUCUCUCAGGAUGACCGUGGUGAAGAGACAGGCACAGUCCCCAGCAGGUGUGUCCAGCGAAGUCGAAGUGCUCAAAGCACUGAAGUCGUUGUUUGAGCACCACAAAGCUCUGGAUGAAAAGGUGAGAGAGAGAUUACGAGUAGCACUUGAAAGGUGUAGUUUGUUAGAAGAAGAAUUAGGUGCCACACACAAAGAGCUAAUGAUUCUUAAAGAACAGAAUAAUCAGAAAAAAACACUAACAGAUGGAGCGCUUGACAUGAACCAUGAACAAGAAAAUACCCCGAGCACGAAUGGAAAGAGAUCUUCUGAUGGUUCGUUAAGCCACGAGGAAGACCUUGCUAAAGUAAUAGAGCUCCAGGAAGUCAUAGACAAGCAAUUGAGGGAGCAGAGCCAAAUGAAAGAGCGCCUGGCCGCCCUCUCCAGUCACGUGGCAGAGCUGGAGGAAGAUCUCGACACGGCCAGGAAAGACUUGAUCAAAUCUGAGGAGAUGAACACAAAGUUGCAACGGGACAUCCGUGAAGCCAUGGCCCAAAAGGAAGACAUGGAAGAGAGAAUCACUACUCUUGAAAAACGCUACCUCGCUGCACAGCGUGAAGCCACGUCUGUGCAUGACCUCAAUGAUAAACUUGAAAAUGAAAUUGCAAACAAAGAUUCUAUGCAUCGACAGACUGAGGAUAAAAACCGCCAGUUACAGGAACGGCUGGAAUUAGCAGAGCAAAAGCUGCAGCAGACCAUGAGGAAAGCCGAGACACUCCCGGAGGUGGAGGCGGAGUUGGCCCAGAGGGUGGCAGCGCUCUCGAAGUCUGAUCUUUUGUCUUCUGGGAGCUCUGCUGCUAAGGAAGCUAAGCUGUUGGAACUUACUUCCAGGCUUAGGAAGGCUGAAGAGAGACACGGCAACAUUGAAGAAAGGUUACGACAGAUGGAGGCGCAGCUGGAAGAAAAGAACCAAGAACUGCAGCGGGCAAGGCAGAGAGAAAAAAUGAAUGAAGAGCAUAAUAAACGUUUAUCAGACACUGUUGACAAGCUUCUUUCAGAAUCUAAUGAGAGGCUCCAGCUUCAUCUGAAAGAGAGAAUGGCUGCUCUAGAAGAUAAGAAUUCUCUGUUACGAGAAGUUGAAAAUGCAAAAAAGCAAUUGGAAGAUACGCAACAUGAUAAGGAUCAGCUCGUCUUAAACAUUGAAGCAUUGAGGGCUGAACUAGACCAAAUGAGACUAAGAGGUGCUUCACUUCAUCAUGGCCGACCCCACUUGGGCAGUGUCCCAGAUUUCAGGUUCCCUGUGGCAGACAGUCACACAGAUUCCUACAGCACCAGUGCAGUGUUGCGGCGCCCCCAGAAAGGCCGCCUAGCUGCUCUACGGGAUGAGCCUUCCAAGGUACAAACUCUUAAUGAACAGGACUGGGAACGUGCCCAGCAGGCUAGUGUCUUAGCAAAUGUAGCACAAGCUUUUGAGAGCGAUGUCGAUGUGUCUGAUGGCGAAGAUGACGGGGACACUCUACUCAGCUCAGUUGAUCUGUCGUCACCCAGUGGACAGGCUGAUGCGCAGACAUUAGCCAUGAUGCUUCAAGAGCAGCUGGAUGCCAUCAACAAAGAGAUCAGGUUGAUACAAGAAGAAAAGGAAAACACAGAGCAGCGAGCAGAGGAGAUUGAAAGUAGAGUUGGUAGUGGGAGCUUAGACAAUCUUGGUCGUUUUAGAUCAAUGAGCUCCAUUCCGCCCCACCCUGCUUCCUCGCUUGCCAGCUCCUCCCCUCCAGGCAGUGGCCGUUCCACCCCAAGGAGGAUUCCUCACAGCCCAGCCAGGGAAGUAGACAGACUGGGCAUCAUGACUCUGCCAUCUCCAGAUUUAUUUUUAAUCCAGACCUCAGGUCCCCAUCAGUCUGUAGUUAAUUCAUCCAGCUCCCUUCCCAGUUCCACCCCAUGCUAUAAUGAUUCUUCACAGUGCGUUCAGUUGCCAGCAUCCAGAGAGGAGGCGCGAGACGACAAGACAACGAUAAAAUGUGAAAGCUCCCCUCCGGCCUCCCCGAGGGCCCUCCGGGGAGACAGGCUGCAUAAGGGGGCAUUGCACACACUCAGCCAUGAGGACGUCAGGGACGUGAGAAACUCGACAGGCUCUCAGGACGGUCCCGUGAGCAAUCCCAGCAGUAGUAACAGCAGCCAGGACUCGCUCCACAAAGCCCCAAAGAAGAAGGGCAUCAAGUCCUCUAUUGGCCGCUUGUUUGGCAAGAAAGAAAAGGGCCGACCUGGACAAGCUGGCAAAGAAUCAUUAGGACACGCUGGUGUUUCAGAGACAGAUAAUGCAUCUCAAGAUGCCUUGGCACUGAGCAAAUUGGGAGGACAGGCUGAAAAAAAUCGUAAACUUCAAAAAAAGCAUGAAUUGCUUGAUGAAGCCCGAAGACAAGGUUUGCCUUUUGCCCAGUGGGAUGGGCCGACCGUAGUUGUGUGGUUGGAGCUCUGGGUGGGGAUGCCUGCCUGGUAUGUAGCUGCCUGCCGAGCCAAUGUGAAGAGUGGGGCCAUCAUGUCGGCCCUGUCGGACACCGAGAUCCAGCGGGAGAUCGGCAUCAGCAACCCCCUGCAUAGGCUGAAGCUGAGGCUGGCCAUCCAAGAGAUCAUGUCUCUUACCAGCCCGUCCGCCCCUCCCACGUCGCGAACGACACUCGCAUAUGGGGACAUGAACCACGAGUGGAUUGGGAACGAGUGGCUGCCCAGCCUGGGCCUCCCUCAGUACCGCAGCUACUUCAUGGAGUGCCUGGUGGACGCCAGGAUGCUGGACCACCUGACCAAGAAGGACCUCCGCGGGCAGCUGAAAAUGGUCGACAGUUUCCACAGAAACAGUUUCCAGUGUGGAAUUAUGUGCCUGAGAAGAUUAAAUUAUGACCGAAAAGAACUGGAAAGAAAAAGAGAAGAAAGUCAGAAUGAAGUAAAAGAUGUGCUUGUUUGGAGCAAUGAUCGAGUGAUUCGCUGGAUCCUGUCAAUUGGUCUUAAAGAAUAUGCAAACAAUCUUUUAGAGAGUGGCGUUCACGGUGCCCUUUUGGCCUUAGAUGAAACCUUUGACUUCAAUGCACUGGCGCUAUUGUUACAGAUCCCAACACAGAAUACACAGGCUCGUACUGUCUUAGAAAGAGAAUUUAACAACCUUUUGGUCAUGGGGACUGACAGAAGGUUUGAUGAAGACGAUGAUAAAAGCUUUAGGAGAGCACCUUCAUGGAGAAAAAAAUUUAGACCAAAGGACAUUCGUGGCUUAGCUGCUGGAUCAGCAGAGACUCUUCCUGCAAACUUCCGGGUUACUUCUUCUAUGUCUUCACCCUCCAUGCAGCCAAAGAAGAUGCAGAUGGACGGCAGUGUGUCAGGAACACAGAGGUUGGAUUCUGCCACAGUCAGGACUUACUCCUGCUAAAGCCUCCUGCUGUUUACCCACACUACUUCUACAGAUGAUUAUGCAGCAUUUUGAAUCCAACAAAGACUACAUUUUAGAAUGCAAUGGAAUCUUUAAUCUGUUAAUACUUGUUAUAUGGACCCUAAGAUAUUUUAUUACAGAGUUUUUAAUUAGUGAAAAAUUCAUGAAUACCAUAGAGAAAAUAUUUUAGAAUUUAAUGUUUCUUAUAUUUAUGUAAACUUAUGACUCUUCAUUUA